UAUAAAUAUCACAAAAACAGAGAAAAGUUGCUUUAUAUCACCUGCUGAUGUAUUUUAGUCUUUACUUUGUUCUGGAGCUGCUCUCAAUGAAUCACCAAAAAUUUCAUUUCAAGUGACAUUUUAUUGCACUGGAACUAAUGAAAGUAUGAACGACCUGGUUAUGCAAUUCUGUGCAAUGUUUGUCAGUAUCAUUUCCUCAUGUUGUAUCAAGACUAGAAGCUCUAUAAAUAUCUAGUGAUUCUGCAGUGAAGGCUACAUUGUAGCCUUGUAGAAGAAUCAUCCGUCCACUUUGCUGGCUAAGAACACGGAUCACUCUUCAUCAGUUUGCCUUCAGCUUGCCCCAUCACUUCAUCUCCAUCAUGAAGUUGUUGGCUGUGUUCCUGAUGGUUUUCUCCAUGAUGGCUCUGACCAUCAUGGUGACUGAUGGUCAGAGUGGUUCCGAGAACCAUUAUUGCAGUCCACUUUUGUCACAUUUUUGGGAGCCCUGUCCGCAUGGUUGGAGGAAAAUCACCCCUCACUGCUUUCGCUAUGUUAGCACACGCACUUGGGCUGAUGCUGAGAAAAACUGUCGGUCCAUGGGAGGAAACCUUGCAUCAAUUUAUAGCAUGUACUACUACAGCGAGGUUCAGAGACUGAUACGUGACAAAACUGGUAGAGCUGAUCCAGCAUGGCUGGGAGGCUCUGAUACACAGCAGGAGGGAACCUGGUGGUGCGAUGAAUUUCCUGUGAGCUUCACAUUCUGGUGUCGAGGAGAGCCUAAUAAUCUUGGACGCAACCAGCACUGUAUGCAGAUGAACAUGUCAGUUGAAAAAUGCUGGGAUGACGUGGAGUGUAAUCGCAAGCUGCCUUCUGUCUGCUUCAAGAAACGUGUGGAAGGAAUGAGUGAUCGCAGAAACCCCAGUUCAGUUUGCCUUCAGCUUGCCCCAUCACUUGAUCUCCAUCAUGAAGUUGUCGGCUGUGUUCCUGAUGGUUUUCUCCAUGAUGGCUUUUACCAGUGGUUUCAGGAGGGAUCCUGGUGGUGGAGCGAUGAAUUUCCUGUGACGUUCACAUACUGGUGUCAAGGAGAGCCUAAUAAUGGUGGAUUCAACCAGCACUGUAUGCAGAGGAACAUGUCAGCUGAAAAAUGCUGGGAUGACCUGGAGCGUCAUUACAAGCUGCCUUCUGUCUGCAUCAAGAAAAGCAGACUGUGAAGUUACUAAAAAGGCCUGAUGUGUUGAACAGAACCAGUGGAGGAUCAGAGCU